GUCUAGUCUAGCGGUAACUGCAGCAUUUGUAAACAAAAAGUGAAAGAUCUUUGAAAAUGUAAAAUAUUUUGCCUUUUUGGGUUGAACAGAAUGUCGAGAGUUGUACAAGCAGCUAAUAACCGUGCUGUCAUCGCGUUCAGGCACAGUUAACAACAUACACUCAAAGAACAUGGACACGCCUAUCACUGGCCUCUGGUCGGAGCUACAGAGGGAAAAUAAACUUCCCAAGGGUGCUUUAUCGGUGAACUGUGAGCCGGAACUGCAGGAGCUAAUGAAGCAGAUUGACAAACUGGUGGCUGGGAAAAAACGCGAGUGGGAGCGUGAACGGGAGGGGCUGGCCUCCCGACUGAAUGUUCGGGAACAGGAGAACCAGAUGCAGAAAACCACACUGGAACAGAAACAUAAAGAGAUUGGUCAGUUGCGUGUACAGCUCGACUCAUCAGAGAACAAACAGCGUGACCUUGUCAGCCAGUAUGAGAAUCAACUGUCCUCACUCCGGGCGGAGGUCCAGAACCUGAAGCGAGAGUAUGAGCGUCUCCACAAGCGUUACUCCAAGCACAAGCGUGAGUCAGAGAAAGAGCGGGAAAAGUCGACGGUCGAACUACAGGGCGGCAUGCAGGAGGUCCAUAAGCUCAAUAAGAAGGUUGAGGAGUACCGUCAGCGGUCUCGUGACUGGGAGAUUGACCGUCGGUCACUUCAGAAGCAAGUGGAGAACUUGGAGGCCCAGAGGAAGGCUAUUGCCGACAAAUGUGAAUUUGUACAGACACAGUUUGACGAGUUAGAAACCCACAGAGCGUCUUUGAUUGAUAAGUGCAGUCUGGUCCAGCAACAAGCACAGACGUACCAGUCCCAGUUAGACCGGCGGAGAGAAAUUCUCGACAGCACAGAGUUUAGUUUGAACUCACAAAUUGCACAGCUCGAAGCUAAACUUAACACCACUGCAGAGUCUCUGAAAAUACAGAACUCCAAGGUUGACAAGCUGAAAGGUUCUCUGGAAGAGGCGAUGGACUCGCACAAGAAGGCCAUGGACGACAAUGAACGCCUCCUCAAUGACCUCAAGAAGGCAAACGCUCAGUGCAGGAAGCUUGAAGACUUGAAUGCUGAGCUGCAGGGGGAGUUGCGGGCUCGUGACGACUUCCUGCAGAUGUCAGAAGAAGACAGCCGGCAACAUGAGAAUAAUAUUGCUGUCCUUAACAAACAGAUACAGAAAAAAGAUGACAUCAUCAAGAGCCUGAGUGACACGCGGUGCCAGACAGAGGAUGAGACGAUCACAACACUGCGGAAAACUGUGGACGAGGUCCAGGACCAAGCCAGGUUGAGUAAGCGUAAUGAAGACCUUCUGGGUCAGGAGAACAGACAGCUGCAGCAGGAACUGGGCAUUAAGAGAGAUGACUGCGAAAACAUGGAGAGAAAACUGCAUCAAAAGAGAAUUGUCCGAGACAUCAAAGACGUGAAACAGGAUGUGGCCAGACUAGAGGAGGAAGUGGCCACAGUGAAGUUACAGCUGUCGGCCGCCGAGGAGAAACUGUCGUCUAUCAACGUCCACCAUGAGGCGGAGCUGAUAACCAUCAAGGAACAACUAUCCAAGGUGAGCAAUGAGCUGGAAUCAAGCAGCACCAACCUGGGUGAUGUUGGAGCCCGGGCUCGAGAUCUGGAGGAGCAGGUGACAGACGGGCGAGGCGAGAUCAAGAAGAGGGAUGCAGAACUCAAGGUAGCAAAUGCCCAGAUCGAGGCAUUACGGCUUGAGAACCGUCACCUACGCCAGACCAUCAUCCAGCAAACUCAGGUGAAUCUCGACCAUACAGAGACAGAGACCCAGCUACGUGAGAUGCAGCAGACCUACCAGGCACAGAUCAAAUCACUAGAGAAAGAUAAUGUGAGCCUGCGUGAUGAGCUGGGUGUAAUGCGUCAAGAGGUGACGGCUCUGGAAGACCGCUUUGACCAUCAACUCCAGCGUACCAUACAUGAGGCAGAGAUGUCACACACUGAGGAACUCUCAAGGGAGCAAAGACACCUGCAGGACCUUGAAGAGGAUGCGGACCGCCGUGUGUCCAUGUUACAGGACCGCCUCGACUCCACAAUAAAUCGGUACGAGGAGCAGCUAACGUUGCUACGGAGACAGAAAGCGAGGGUGGAGGACGACCUCGACCGGGAAAGACGAGCAGGCUCGUCGUUUCGCCAGGGUGAUAUUGUGAUAGAGGAGGGGGAAGAAGGUGUGAUAUAUGUCAAUGACGACAUGUCCCUUGCCGACACCGACAGCGGAAAUGAGAUGAAUUUUGGGAUUCCGGCAUCAGAGAAGUUUCUCAAUGAAGAGGCAGCCCGAACACGCCAGCUAGAGAGCAUCAUAGACUGCCAUAUACAGACACUGAAAUCUUCCUCUGACAUGGCCAUCAAGAAACACAAGAGAUAAUCCACGCCUGAGAAGGGGGUGGGGAUAAUCCCAGCAGAGAGAUGGAGAUAAGAGAUAAUCCAAGUCUGAACAAAGGAAAUAAACCCAGCAGGAAGAUGGGAUGAGGAUUAUACACUGCUAAAAACAGACACUGAACUCAUCUUCUAACAAGAUCAGAGGCGGGAGAUGGUGUUUGUUGUGGAAAAUAUGGCAUAUAGUUGAGAAACUCCUAGCAGGUUGUAGGGGCUUUUGGGGGUAGUUAUGGACAUUCUGUGAUAGUUGUGAAUAUAUGUGUACAUACAUACCUACAAUCAAGACUUUCAAGUGACUAGUUUACUGGUAACAUUGUAAUGUUACACUAAAUAUAUGAUGUUGUUCUCAUACAAUAUAUAUGUGACCUAUCCACGUAGUCCUUAAAGGGUCUGUCUCACAGAUUGGCACCAAAAAAAGUUUUUUUCUGUAACGAAUCUCAGGACAAUUAUCUAAUAAAAUGUGUUACGCUUUGAUAUCAUAAUUGUAAAAAAAGGUAUGAAAAUGUAAAAAAACAAAAUUGUGUCAGAGACCAGGUUCGAACCUGCGUCGCCAAAAUUAAACUCCAGUGUCUUACCUACUGAGCUAAUAAGGCUUACUCAGUUCAGGUGACAUAAUUAAGCCAUAAACCUAUCUCGGUAAUAUCACCGACUAGCCAAUCACGCAUAAGGAAUGAAUUCUACCUGGUAGACAUACCCAGUAACUUUUUUUUAAUGGAAAAAUACGAAAUAACUGCUGAACUUUGAUAAAUUGUAAACUAUGUGGUACUUCAGUAAGUAAUUUUCAAUGCAUUGUACACAUCAAUGCCAAGUUUAUGUCAUUUUUCGACAAUUUUCUUUUUUCCGCUACUUUAUCAUCUGUGAGACAGCCCCUUUAUGAAUUGUUUGAACCAUGUGAUAAAAUUGUGUACCGGUAUCUAGACAAAAACUGGUGUGUACAACCAUAAGCAUAGGUAUCAUUAUUUAACAUAGAAGAACAGGGAGGGUGUCGUCCAUGGAAUAAGAAUAAUUAGCUGAACAUUCUGUGGUGUGAUUGUGAUCACUGUGUUAUGAAAACAUAGAGAACACUGUCGCUUUAGUAAUUGAACUCUGUACUUGAUCAGCUGCUUGUUGUACACACAAUCAGGUAAAGAUCUAAACAAUCUCAUAUUGAUAAAUAAUGCAGGAUUGUUUGAUUAUUUAACUUUUUCCAUUGGUUAAAUAUCUAUUUGUUAACUUAUGAAUGCUACCAAUGUUUUAUACUACAUAUUGCAUUCGUAAGUUAACAAAUGUAUAUGACAUAAUAUAUACACAAAGAACAUAAGGUUGGGUCAGUCAAAAUUGAAUAUUAUGACUACUUUGAAAAUGCAUUUGCAUACUGAUUGAGAUUAUGAAUCAUACAUUUAAUUACAUUGAUAGUAAAUGUUUUCAUUUAUUGACUGCCAUGUUAAAUUCUUGCCAUAUAAUCGCCGUUCAUAUUUUCUCAAACUAUUGAUAAUUUGUCAUUUUAAUAGUCUUGAUACAUUUCAUGAGAUGGAAAAUAAUUUAUAUUUUUAUCCAUUGUAUCAAAUUAACAAUUCGGAGUGAUAUUUAUGCUCCCAUAUAAACUAAUGUGAUGUUUUCUAGAGUUGUCUCAGAUGGCAGUAGAGAAUUUCGGCAUAAUAUACAUCAACAAGGUUAAAAUACAUAUUUAAGGAAAUAUAGAUAUCUAUACAACACAUACUAUAUAAUUAUAUCAAAUAUAAAUAUAUUAAAGCUGCACUCUCACAGAUUGAACCUUUUGACAGCUUUUUUAUGCCCCCACAAAGUGGCGGCAUAUAGGGUUGCCCUUGUCCGUACGUACGUCUGUCUGUCUGUCUGUCUGUACGUACGUACGUCCCGAAGAUUGUUUCCGAUCUAAUUCUUGAAAACCGUUUGUCCAAUCCUCACCAAACUUUAAACACAUGUUUGUGACCAUAAUAUCUUGAUCAAGUUCGAUAGUCAUGGAAAUCGCUCUAGUCAUUUAGGAGUUACGGCCCUUUUUUGCCAAAAAUACUUCAAAAAUAUAUGUUUCCAAUCUAAUUCUUGAAAACUGUUUGUCCAAUCCUCACCAAACUUUAAACACAUGUUUGUGACCAUAAUAUCUUGAUCAAGUUCGAUAGUCAUGGAAAUCGCUUUAGUCAUUUAGGAGUUAUGGCCCUUUUUUGCCAAAAAUACUUCAAAAAUAUAUGUUUCCAAUCUAAUUCUUGAAAAGUAUGUGUCCAAUGUGGAUCCAACAAGUUUUUUCCUGCCUGAAUGGCGCCAUAUAACCUAUACAGUCUUGCGAUGCUGUAAAACCCAACUCAACUCAACUUAUCCUAUAUGUGCAGAUUAUCCUGAAUAAUCAUUAUGGCUUAUUUUCUGUGACAAAAAAUCAAAGUGGGGGCAUCCGUGUCCUAUGGACACAUUUCUAGUUAUUUUUUGUUUUGGAACGAGCCAGUUUUUGCGAAAAUGCAUGGAAACCAGUUAUAUAAGCCUGCUGACAAAAAAAUAGAUCACAGAUUUUUAUAUUUAAGUGCAAAAAUUGAUGUUUUAUGCAUUUUCUUAAACCGUCAGUAACAGUUUAAGCCAUAAAACAUUACGGUAUAUCUGUGAGAGUGCAGCUUUAACAAUACUUUUUUUGUUAUAUAUCACAUACAGCGAACCUGGUAAGCUUGAACUCCAAGGGACUGGCGAAAAUACCUCGAGCCUUGAGGAGUUUGAGCCAAGCGGGAAUGAUUCUAUUCAGUUUAAAGAAAUCGGUCCUUUAGAUCCAGUUAGAGCCAAGGAAAAAAUUGAACCAAGCGAGUUCGAGCCACGGGGUUCGACUGUUUUGACAAGUGCAUUUCUGUUGAAAUUGUUCAAUGAGAAAGUUAGCAAUAGCAAAUCUAACAAAAGGUUUCAAAUAUGGUUAGGAAGUUUAAUCUCCCUUCAUGUAAUGGCAUCAUCUAUCCAGAUGCAUUUAUUUAUUAUUAUUAUUUAUUAUAUGAUGCAGUCGUAUUUAUUUUGUUAUGACUUGUUUGUAAGCAAUUUUAAAGAGUUUAUUAACAUAGUCAGAUAUUUAACUUCUUGUGUUAGUUUGUGUUCCUUUCAUAUUGUACAUGUAUGUAUUUAAUGUAUUGUGCCAAAUUGUUUAUAUAAUCAAAAGACAUGUUUCAGGGAUAUUAUACUCAUACGGGCCAUCUUGCCAAUAUUAAGCGUACUACGAAUUAUCAAAAGAUCAAGAAAUUCAAUGAAAAACGAUAUUUGAAUUUCAACUUGAAAAUAUGAAUGAACAGGCUGGAGCUUUCCAGUCUAACUCUUUGCUUUGAAAUGUAUCUCUAAGUAUCUGGUAAUAAAGGUUUUAGAAUUGAUUGUAUGAUACAUUCAUUGGUAAGAUCGCCCCAUACUUAGUACUUUAGCUUCUAGAAAUGUAGCUUUUAAAGUAGUCCUUGUACUAGACAGUGGCAUUAUUUAUCAGCAUUUUAUUUGGUAUAUAAUGAUUUAAGGUUGACAAUAAUGCUAUUCAUAGAUUGAAAAAAAUGAUUUCUUGAAUGAACACCUUGUUGUUGUAAUAAGAUUUCUUACCUAAUGUUGAAUCAUUUCUGUUGAUGUACAUGUACUAGAUAGUUAGAGUAUUUAUCAGCAUAGUACAUAUUAAUUUAAAUAUGUGAACAUUUGCAAUUUACCAGUAUUGAUCUGAAAAAGAUUGCUGGAGUGAAUAUUCUUUUGUUUUUAUGAAGAGUUUUUUACUUUAAGGUUUAUCUUGUAAUCAAAUUGGAACAUAGUCCAAAUAUAUAUUAUCCAGACAUACUUUUGUGGCACUUUUUCUUCUUACAUUAUUCAGAUUUGAAUACUUCAUUAUCAUUUUAUGCGAGUUCAUGGAUUUUCUUUUUACUUUCAAAAGAUCUAUUAUAACACUAUUUCUUGAAUGCUGAGCACGGCAUGUUGUGAUUUUCAGGAUUCUGUACACACAAUUGUCCAGAUGUUUGGUCUGGUCAAAAUGGUCACUUUUCUGUCAUAUAUAACAUACCUUUGAUUGCAUGGAGUCAUGCCUUACAUUAAUUCAUUGAUAACUUCUCAGUAAGUUGACCUAUAGUGCAUGAAAAUAGGAAGUCUAUUGCUUUCAUGAAAUGUUAUGAAAUAAUCAUGAUGAGCAUGCAUUAAAAAUAUAUGAUGCAAGUUUUGAUGUUUAUCCUUAGUUUGUAUUGUAUUGGUCUCCCAUUGCACCAGUGCUUGCAUUAAUAACUGUAUUUUCCCCAUUCUAUUUAAAGAUUUGAAAGCUUUCAAACUACGUCCGCUAAAUUCUUAAACCAUACUAGUGCUACUAGUGCAUUCCAUCUUGUUUCAGUGAGAAUCUCGAGUUGUUUUGACAUGUACAUUAUGUUUUUGUUUUAAUUUUAUUUGCAAUGCUGAAUAAAUCAUGUGAAGAAAAUGCA